AUGAGCGACGACGGAACCAGCGGCGAUGGAGACUCUCGUCUCGAGAUGUUCCUGGCCGUGGUGGAGAAGUUCAACAUCGAGCUGGACGAUCCCGUGGAAACGGCGGAGGAGUUCGAGGAGCUUGAAGAGCUGGACUUGUCCGAGAAGGGGUUGGCUGAACUACCUGGAGAUUUGGUGUUGUCAUUGCCCCCGAAUCUCAAGACGCUCGCGUUGGAGAAGAACGGACUCACCCAGUUGCCUGAAGGUUUCGGUAGUGAUGCGGCAUCGACGGCUGCGUGGGGACAACUCACCGAGCUUUACGUCCGCAACAAUGAGCUCACCAGACUCCCUGCAGGUAUCGCGGAGCUCUCCAAGCUCGAAAGUCUGUACCUUGAAGACAACAAGUUGACAAGUGAAGGCAUCCCCGACGAGGUCGCCCAGUUGUCGGGCACGCUAGCGGGACUUUGUCUGCAUCGCAACCUGCUCACGACGUUUCCUGUGAGUUUGUGCCAGCUCGUUCAGCUGGAGGAGCUGUACCUGGAUGACAACGCGCUCGAGUAUCUGCCGGAAGAGUUCGGACUGCUGCAGAACCUGAAAGAGCUCGACAUUCUCGGGAACAAGUUGACGACACUGCCAGACUCGUUCAAGAACUUGCAUCGACUCGAGAUCCUGCAUGCCGAGCGCAACCAGUUGGUCAAACUCCCCAAGCACCUGGAAGGGCUGCAGUCGCUGCGUAAGGUCUACCUGCAGAACAAUUGUCUGACCAAGCUGCAUGCUUCGCUCGGCCGCUGUCUGAAGCUGGAAGUGCUCAACGUCGAGGACAACCACCUCGCCAAAGUUGCCAAGCGAAUCGGCGAGCUACCCAAGCUCAAGCACCUGCUGCUGGCCAACAACAAGAUCACCGAACUACCGUUCAACCCGGUCGAGAAGAACCCGAACUUGCGCCGUCUAACGCUGUCGGGCAACCAAUUGGCACCCGACACUUUAGAGCUUGAGAAGCAGGUGGCCAUGGCGAAGGUGACCGAAGAGGAUGAAAGUGAGGACUAA